AUGAAGCUGCCUGCAAUAUUCUUGGUUUCGUGUGUAUUAAUUUCCUUUCUCCCAAGCCUAACCGUUGCGGAGAUAAGACCUUGGUGCACAUCAAGAAGACAAGUAUUUGAUGGUCUAUGCCAACAAGAUAUCAUCACACAAUGCUAUAAUGAACUAAAAAGAACGUUUGAUGGCUCACUUGGAGACCGUGGUCCAGUCGAAACCGGCUGCAUCUGCAGGUCUCUACUUCCAGACAAGCAUUCCUGCCUUUGCCUUUUUUUGCCUUGCCCUAAUUAA